AAGCUGGUGGCAGAAAAAUACUCAAAAUGGCUCCAUAAGGAGGUGCUGCCACCGACAAGAGCCAGAUCAGAGGAGGGACAAGGUAAGGAAUACCUGAGAAAUCGGGCACAUAGCAAUGAAAAGUAGUUAGUGUUAUGUGUUUAAUCUGCAGUCACCAACAGUACACCAAUUACCCUCUUGUGUACAAAAUUCCAGCCCUGUGUGGCAGCACUGAAACUUACGUGUGCUGACUGCAACGACUGAAUAAACACAAAUGCAAAGAGGUUAACUAAGCAAGUCUUAUGUCUGACAGGGAUUUUCUUUUUUUUUAGUUUUUUCCAAAACCAACAAAAUGCCAUUGGUAAUGCACGAGAGUUGUUCCCAAUUUACUAUGGCCCACAUAGUUUAAUCAAUUACCUUCCCUCCUAUUUGGAAAAGAAGAGAAUGUUGUGAGAUGGGGAUAUUUCUGGAAUGAGCUUUGUGUGGAAGAAAGAAAAGCAGUGGUAUCAGUGUAUGGGGUAGCUUUACUGCUGACUUGUGUCACGUCUGAUCUGUGCACAAAGGUGAACUUCUCCCAUAAGCUUUAGAGAACAGUGGAGUCUAAUUCUAUGGAUCCACUUUAAACAAAGGGUGCUGUAUCCACACAUUCAGUUUCACGUGUGUCAGAAAAAAUAAUCACACACUUAGUUGAUUGUUUUCAUGCUCUGGAACCCCUUGUCAUAAGCCAGAGCUGUUGGGGAUGUGUUGGGGGGGGGUGUGGCGGCUUGCAGUUAAUGCAUGGCUGAAUAUGUAUUUGUUCCAAAUCUGUGUAUGAAACUGAACCCUUAUCUGCAAGGGUGAGCUAAGCUUCAAUGAGUGGCUACAACCCAAUGCUAUCAGGGUAAUUACCCUAUUUUCAAAGGGUAAUUUUCAAACUCUCACUUCUGGGAAGCCAACAUGACAAGAGAGAAAUGGCAACAUCCGAAUUUUGUUAGUUGACUUGAGAACUGCAUGCUUUGCAAAGGUGGAAGGCUCUUCCUGAUGGUCCUGGUGUGGUUCAUCCCUUCAUGGUAUGUGAGUGCCUUUCAGCCUUUAGAGUACUCUUCCUUAUGAAAGCAAUGCCACAGAUCCAAUAAGGGAUGGGACAUAGCAAUACUAAGAGGACAAGUUAGGUAAAAGGGCUGGGGACUGACUCUGCUCCCCUGAGAGACAUAACUGAUGGGGAAAUACAGGUAUUCAGAGACCAAUUAGAGUCUGUCUCUCUCAGAACUACGCAGAGAGAUCAUCCUAAACAAUGUGCCAACCUUAGAGAGUAGGAGAACAUGCUGACUGGCCCAAGUCGAUAGAGGAAAUCGUUGUGUAGCCAGAAACUGAGCUACUGUUCUCUAAAUCCCAGACAAGCAGCUGAACGUUGCUAGGACGGAGGGAGAAAUUGGGAUGGGCCCAACUAUGCCUCACAAGCCGUAGGUGUGGUGCUUGGAUUUGGUGAUGCCUCCAGCCUUCGCUGCUACCAUCACUAACAGCUGAUAAGAAGGCAGCGUUACUCUAAAAGGGACGGAGUUAACCCAGGCUCAAAGGGCAGAGAGAGCAAUACCUCUGCGGCAUCGCUACUGACUCUGGAAGAGCAAACAAGGUGAAAAAAAUGUUAGUAUCACAACUGGCUUCCCAGUUAGUGAAGGCUUCACGAAUUGCAGGACAUCUUUUGCCAAGAUCAGUCUCUUCCAUCCUUUGUUCUCAUUCUACAUCUGCGAAGUAUAGCACUCAGCCGUCUAAUAAGAAUGGAGCCCAACCUCAGCGGUGGUAUGCGCUGGACCCUGAACUGGAAGAGAUGCUGGUCCCCAGAAAACUGUCCAUCAGCCCCUUAGAGAGUUGGCUGACAGUUAGAUACUCCCUUCCUAAAGCAGAAGUCAUCAGUAUUCAUGGAAAAGCAGGCUACGAACCUGUCCAGCGAUACGACUGUCCAACAUCUGAUGUGGGAGCUGACGUGGAGGAAGGGGAAAGAACACUUGGCAACAGGCUUGAAUGUAAGAAUGUUUUAAAGAUCCGCAGGAGGAAAAUGAACCGACACAAAUUUAAAAAGCUGCUAAAGCGAAGAAAGUUUGUACGGAGGAGGAUAAAGGAAGGUCGCAAGAAGAAACGUCAGAUAAAGUUUGAGAAAGAUUUGGAGCGCAUCUGGAAAAGAGCUGGUUUGAAAAAUCCUCCCACAGGAUGGCAAACACCCAAGAUAUUUUUGAAAAGUUCAAAGCGAUAAAAAUGCUUGUAAUGAGUUUUGACCUAUAAUUUUAAUUAAAAAAUAUUUAAGUAAGCAAACUUCUUUUAACCUUUUUCUGAAUGUGAUGAGACUAUUAGGAGGUCACUUUCUGUCUCGGUUAGCAGUUUUCCAAGGGCAAACCUGAUGUGGAUGUGCUUUUCCUCCUCAAUAAAAUGGUUUGAGCCA